AUGGCCUCAGGCGUGGCGCCGUGCGAAGAUCUUAUUGUCGCCGAUGUCUUUGCUCCUCAGACAAUCGAGAAUCUGGAUGACUCUCGAGAUUUUACUUCCACUGGAGAAAUAGACCAGCCUGCGUCUUUGGGUAGCGGAAAUAUUAGUACUGGAUUUCUUAUCACCACCGAGGCCAGUCCAACUAAGGCUUCACGGGCUACAGGUCCCUGCCCGGGAAAGGACGGCGAAUUUGCAUCUGCGGGAAUAUCCAACCUAAAAAAGAAAUUGAGAAACAAACGUACCCAGAAUUCCCGGGGACGUCAGCACCUGCUUACUGACAGCGAUAUCGUUGGCUCUCCAAACCAGUUGCCUGCGAUCACUAAGAUGAAUAUCUUAUCUGGCCCUUCAACACCAAAUGGGGGAAUUAGUGCGCUAAGAGCCCAGCUCGAGGCAGUCAGCCUAACAGGAAGCCGACCACCAUCAAGCAAUGCAAGUGCUGUCGAGUCGGAGACCGAAACCAGUUGUGCCAGCGUGGCAUCAGAUAGCGACCAGACUGAGACAUAUGAAGUUCACCUAGAACAUGAUUUUGUUAGCUACGAUACUCAUGUCGGGAAGGUAGCUGAAGAUGGUUUUACACAGCCGGAAAAGCAGAGUUUGCUGUGUAGGAAGAUGACAGCUGAAGACUUUGAACCUCUGACAUGUCUGGGAAAAGGCACUUAUGGAACCGUCCUCUUGGUCCGACAUAAAUUAACGGGCGCUCUUUAUGCCCAAAAGCAGUUUCAGAAGGCAUCCCUUACUGUGCACAAGAAGCUAGUUGAGCAGACGAAAACCGAACGGGCUAUUCUGGAGAGCGUCAACCGCUACCCAUUCAUUGUCAACUUGUAUUAUGCGUUCCAAGACCAUGAGAAACUUUACCUCAUCCUCGAAUAUGCUCAAGGUGGCGAGCUGUUUACUCACCUGGCAAUUGAGCGCAUGUUUUCUGAGGAUGUCGCCGCUUUCUACAUGGCUGAGCUUGUUCUUGCACUGGAGCACCUCCACGUUAACAUUGGAGUUAUCUAUAGAGACCUCAAACCCGAGAACUGCCUUUUGGAUGUAGACGGCCAUCUUCUACUAACCGAUUUCGGGCUCAGCAAAGUGGCUGUUGAUGGCGAUGAUCGUUGCAAUUCGUCUCUAGGAACCGUUGAAUACAUGGCACCUGAGGUUAUCCAAGGCAAACCAUAUGGUAAAGCAUGCGAUUGGUGGUCUUUAGGUGCAUUGGGAUUCGACUUACUUACUGGAUCUCCGCCGUUCAAAGGAAACAACAAUGCAAAAAUUUCAGAGAAGAUUCUUAAGCAGAAACUAGUCGUCCCCUAUUUUAUCGGCCCAGAUGCGAAGGAUUUGCUGAUACGAUUGCUUCGUAAAGAACCCCAUAAACGCCUCGGCUAUCAUUUGCAGAAGGACAUCAAAACCAUCAAGAGCCACCGAUUCUUCCGCAAAAUCGAUUGGAAGGCUCUUGAGAGGCGUGAACUUGAUCCGCCGAUUAAGCCUGUUGUAACGGAUCCAGCCCUAGCUGAGAAUUUUUCUGUGGACUUUACCGGUCUCUCUCUAGGCCCCAUUGUGGCGAAAGGCGACUUUUGUGGGAGACAGGGAAAAGAUGAGGAUAUGCUUUCCGUGGAUAGCCCAGUUGGUGGUGCAUUGCCAAUGGAGUCGGUGCCGUCUUAUGAUGAUCCAUUUGGUGGUUUCAGUUUUGUGGCCUCAAGCAGCCUGCUUGAUCAUGAGUAUCUUGGGCGAGCAUACCCAGCUUGA